AGUUUUCCAUCCAACGUUUUAAAUACUGUACAUACUUGCGUCUGUCUUGACUGCCUAUCGAUUGAUCAGCUUGUGUUUCAACUGAUCGGUUAUCUUCCGCUUUUCUUCCUAUCUAAGUAUCUUGCCUUGCCUAGGUACCAUAACCACUAAAUAAUAUACCCUAUCGCCAUGUCUUCACCCUCUGCUGCCAUCAUCGGCUCAACCGGCCUGGUCGGCUCCAACAUCCUUUCGACGCUGCUGGCCUCCGAAAUCUACAACCCUGUACAUACCAUCACUCGACGCGCUCCCAAGGCGACAUCACCUCACCUCAAUGCCAUAGUCGAUGCCGAUACUGCCAAAUGGGCAGAGCUGCUCACAAGGCUCACACCCAAGCCAUCUGUCGUUUACUCUGCACUGGGCACCACCCGCGCUCAGGCAGGCGGAAUAGCCAAUCAGUGGAAGAUCGACCAUGAUCUCAAUAUCGAACUCGCCAAGGCAUCCAAGGCUGCCGGUGUCUCAACCUUUGUCUUUAUUUCCAGCGCUGGAACACGGUCUCUCCUCUCCUCAUUUUCGCCGUACGCAAAAAUGAAGAACGGAGUUGAAGAUGCGAUCAAGGAACUCGACUUUGAGCAAGCCGUGAUUCUCAAGCCCGGUAUGAUCCUCGGCCACCGAGAGGCCAGCCGCACAGUGGAGGGUAUUGCUCAAGGGGCAGUCAACGGUCUUGGCUAUCUCAGCGCUGGUAUCAGAGAUACCUUUGGUCAGGAUGCCGAUGUCAUUGCGAAGGCGGCCGUGAGGGCUGCGCAGUUGGCGAGUGAGGGAAAGGCGCCGAGUAAAUACUGGAUUCUUAGUGGAAGCGAUAUUAUCAAGUUGGGAAGGGCUGAGUAGCUGGGUGCCUAGCCAGAAUUCUACGGAGACGAAAGACCGAGGAUGAUGCGUAGAACCUCUGCGAGAGUAGGUGACUUGACAUAAUAUUGUGGUACAGUCACGACUGUCUCUCUCUAGGUACUUUUGUACAACCCUUUUGCAGACUGUCAGAAUCAAUUGGCCAUUCAACGACGUCCUUUCUCAAACAAUCAUUAAUACAAGGAUGAAACCAACUGCGCGAUUUCUAGUUCAUAAUGCGAUUUCUCCUCCCUCUGUAACUCAACGGCUCUUGCAAGAGAAUCGCGCAAGGUGAGAUAGUCUUGAAGCUAUCGAAACUUCAGCUUAAGGUGUUUCUCUAGAGGAACCUAUGAAUGAGACAUAAUUCACCUUUGAGA